AUGGGGUCUCCAGAAGAAACAUGGAGCAUCUUUCUCCAGAAAUGCCUGGUGCAGCGCAUCGAAGUCACCGAGUUCAAGGAUCUCGCUUCCUUACUUGUGGCGCGCAUCCCCAUCGCCGAGCCGACAUUGCUCGAUCUCCUGCUCGCCUGUCCGGCUGCCACGGGGCUCAAGUUCGACCCCUUGCUACCGCUCUAUCUUGACAGCUUGUGUAGGGCUGGCGUGAUACGUCCCUCGAUCAUGCUGGCCGCAUUGCUGAAACAUGCUUCCAUUCGGGACCAGCAGAACGGGAGUCGAAGCCAGCCCCAGAAACAGGACAACAAGCCUGGCCCUGCGUCUGGCGUCUGUACCUUCAUGACUGACAUCAAGGUCCUGCAGAACCUAAUGAUGUUGGUCUCGACGGGUGUUCUGCCCAAAUCCACGGCCGAGGCCGCGGCAAUGUACGCCGCCAUCGUCGACUGGAUCAUGGCCCUCGUCGACUGGCACAACAACACUUCGGACGAAGAGCAACAGACUGGCGGGUUGAUAACUUGCCCGGAUGCCAUCUCCCUGUUUGAAUCGCUUGGUAUUCUCCUGGCGGCAUUGUCGGGCGUGAAAAGGGGGUUGGACGUUCUAUCACAUAACAACCACGAAGCCCUUAGGAUAAAGAUUGGAAAGGCUCUUUCUUCUUAUCUUCCUCUUUGCGACCGGAUUUCUCUUCCACUUCGAACCAGACUGGAUGGUCUGCAGAAGGAGUUUGGUCUUUAUGGAGAACCCACAAGGAAACCGAUGGAGGUCACGAUGAUAGACAGUAUCAAUGUUAAUGCUCUAGAAUUCGAGGCGUCUGUGAUGGAUGGACCAGUUAUCAAUUCCAGAGCUGGUCUAUAUAUAUAUAUUAAUGCUAUGCUUGUUGGACGACCGCUGGUAGACGACGGCAUGCUAAUCAAUUAUCUCAAUAAUCGAUAUGGGGGCAACUACGAGUUCCUCGUCGAAGAGGUCAUCACGGCAGCCUUCGAUAUCUUGUCGAAUGCAAUGUACCGCAAUGAAUCUAGCAGGACGAUGUUCUUGUUCCGCUCGUUUCUCGUCAACAAGCUCCCAUCAUUUUUCGCCGCCAUGUCGGCCACUUCGAUGGUCCCGAUGGAGAUGUGUAUCCGCAACGCUCUGGGUCGUAUAGACCCCAACGCAUUCCCUUCCUUUUCUCAAAUGUUCUCCAUGCAAGGUAGCACCGUCUUGUCAGAUGUCCGGCAGGAGUUCCUCUUUGCCUGUGCGCUGCACCGCCUGAUCCCGGAGUCGAGCAUCGAACGCCUGCUGGGCGAGAACCCGAUGCAGACUCUCCCUGUCGGAGGUCAAUAUAUGAAAGACGAGCUGGUCGCCCAGAUAAAUGCCAACCCGGAACGGGCCGACCAAUUGAUCAAUGAGGUUGAAUCAAUGGACGGCAACGCCGGGACCAUCGUGGGAGCAAUCACCGAGGUCAUGCACAAUCUCUGCACUCAAAAAGAAACAAUGACACUAAAGAAUAUCUGCAACUCGUUGUCUCGUCGCCCGCAGGCGUUGGAUGUCAUUUUGCUCUUUCGGAGCCCCAAGCAGGUCCUGCAGCCGAUCUGCUCUCUGUUGGACUCGUGGCAUUGGGACGAGGACCAGAGCGAAAACCAACCUGUCUAUGAUGAAUUCGGCAGUAUCUUGCUACUAGUGCUGGCGUUCAAGUACCGGUAUGACCUGACUCCGUUCGAUCUUGGAGUCACCAGCCCCGGAUCCUUUAUCCUGCGGCUCUUGGACCGCGCAUCAUGCAACCAAAAACUGGACGACCUCAGUGAACAGCAAAACAAGAAUCUGGGGGGCUGGAUCGGGGCUCUUUUCAUCGCAGAGGGCAUCAGCGAGGAGACCAUGUCGGCGUGCAGUCCGCAGGAGUUCUAUCAACUCGUCAGCACGCUGUUCAGCCAGAGUCUGGGGGCUUGUGAGGCAGGAAAGCUAGAAUUCGAGACCCUAAAAGGGGGUUUUGAAUAUCUCCUUGAACCAUUCCUUCUGCCAUCCUUGGUUGUGGCGUUAACCUGGCUGGGCAAUCAUAUCUGGGAAUCCGAAAGCGACGCAACCAUCCCGCUGAGAGCGCUGUAUUCCUUGGUGAAACCGCCUUCGAUCUCGGGAGAAGCCGAGGCCAUCCACCGAACGGUGCUGAACAUCACCGCCCAGACGCUGGAGGAGCAGUUGAAGGAUGUUCGGGCCCGGCACCCGACGCGGUCGGACAUCAAGCCCAUCCUCGACGCCCUAGAGCCAUACGUCUCGUUUCAGCGGAUCGGGGCCUGCCGGCGCAGCGAGCUAGACACCUGGACCACUCACGCGAACUCGGGUCUCCUGGGCAGCAUCCGCAGCACCUUCCAGUCGCUGGUGCUUUGGAGCGCGAACCCGGAAAUCACCAUCUCGCCGCACUCCUACACCCACCGCCAGCUGCUGGCGGGAAUCCAUAUUCUGGGGUCGGCGCGGGUCCUCCCCGCCCUCGUCGAUGAGGUGAAGCUACAGACCGAAACCGGCAGCGGAGAUAUCGCGCUAGACAUUGCCGCAACCAUGAUUUGUGCGCCGAUGGCCGAGUCGUUCGCGGUCGAGCAGUCUGCGUACCAUUCCCAUCACCACCACCACCAUCAUCAUCACGAUUCAAUGAAAGAACCCUUACCGCCGUGUCCUGUGCUGACGCUCCGCGACGUACUAAAACAGCAGCACAACCUGAUCGCGAAACUAGCAGAGAAGGACCCGCUCCGCGCCCAAGUCCUUGUCCGGCUCUUCCGCCGCGUCAACCACUUGAUGCUGACGACGGUCCCCUCUCAAGUGCAAGUGGAGGGCACUGUCCCCGUCGUGCCCGUCUCGAAUCUGGAUGUCAGCAACAUCAUCCAAACCAUGCAAUUGGACGGGGUGGACGGGUCAGACGCCCAGAUGAACCUCGAGCCCGACGGGGCAGAAAACAUCGACCAGAUGUUCGACAAGGCUGCUGCUGCUGCUGCCGCUGCCGCCGCUGCAGGGAUCGAGCAUAACACCGAUGGCAGCGUGGCAGCGAUAGGGCUGGACGGGACCGGGGCAGGACUGGAGACGAGUCUGGACGAUAUGCUCACUGCGGCGGAUAUGGCUGUUGGGAAUCCUGAAUUCCUUGACUUGGAUAUGGAGGGGAUGUUCUAG